AUGCUGCCCGAGCUCAUCGAGCUCAUUGCGGUCUACAUUGCGCAGCCGUACGACCUUCUGCGCUACCUGGACGCCGUUGAGAAUGGACUUCGCCUGCCGUUCCGAAGCCUCCGUGCGCUGCUGUCGGCGAGCUUGCGAUCGCCCGGGCUCCGCCUCUGGCCCGCGCUCGUGCUGCCGCUGAGCUCGCACGACGCAUCGCUGCGCCAGUACGCUUCCGACUGCAUCGAGCUGUUCUCGAUCGUACGCGUGCGGUCGCUCGAGGCGCAUGGCAUCACUUCGCUGCUGCGGCCCGCGACGCUGUUGUCGCUGGGUCCUCUCACAACGCCGGACGAGGUCCGCGCCGUGUGCAUGGCACCUUGGCGAGCGCGGCUCGUGGCGCUCGAAUUGCAUCUUUGGGACCGUCUCUUAGCACACGAUGUGUGGACUCCCACAUCCCUGGCCUUGCUUGGUGCGUGCGUGCGUUCACAGCCCCAGCUGGCGUCGUUGCGUCUGCGCUGGCAACUCGACCAGAGCCACGACGCCUUCCAGCACGUGCUGAGCGACGUCUUAGAUCUGGGAAGGUCGCUCUCGCACCUGGCGCUGUCGUUCAACGAGGCGAGCAAGGUGGUUUGGAACGAAGCCCUGGCGACGCGUCUUGGCUCGUGGCUUUGCACGUCGCGCGUCACGUCGCUGGCACUCGAUGGCCUUCGCUUCGACUCGAUGCAUGCAGCCACACGCCUCGUCGCGUCGUUGCAUGGCGCGCCUUUGCUUCGAGAGUUGCGCCUCGACAGCUUGCAACUCGAACGCGCGCUGAGCCGCGCGGCGCUGCCCCCCGCGCUGCGCUCGCUUUGCGUUCAUGGCGCGUCACUGCUCCCGCAGUGGCGCACAGCAGCGCAUCUCUCGACGCUCGCACUCCACUUUGAGUUUCAAUACAAAACCUCGGGCAAGUCGGGGCCAUGCUGCCGAAUCUUCGACUUACAGCACGACGCCGAUCAAGAGGCGCUGGUCGCGCUCUUGCCGCAGCUCACAGAACUGCACCUCGACACCAACAGUCUCGGCAACGCAGGCGCUUUGCGGCUCAUCGCCACGUUGCACGAGUGCCGGUACCUUCAAGUGCUCUCGCUCAUCCAGCAAGGCGUCACCGACGUCAGUGCGAUCGCGUUCGCAACGGCCGAGAGACCCUCGACCUUGCGCACGCUUCGACUCGGCCGGAAUCACGUGACGUGCGUUGGCGCCACCGCGCUCUGCCACGUCAUACCCCACCUGGACGUGCUCGAUCUGAGCCGCAACCGGAUUCGCUACGACGGCGCCAAGGCCAUCAGCAAUGUGUUGCCCUUGACGACGCACAUGCGUACGCUCGACGUGCAAAUGAACCCGCUGAGCGAGGCCGGUGUCUUGGUGCUCGUCGCGGCGCUUGGUCGGGAGACAGCGCUCCGCGCUGGUGUCCUCGACCUCAGUGCAACAGUCUCCCGCGCAUACGUUCCGCCGUGUCGAGCUGCCAUCAAAUCGCUGCCGUGUCCGCACUACGUCGUCUUUCGGUGCUAG